ACAUAGAGGGGAGGGGGUUUGGAAGCUGCUCGCGGCCAGUCGGCACGGUUUGGUGCAGGGAGCGCGAGUUUCGCGCAUGCGUGCAGCCUCCCGCACCUGCGCGGUGACGUAGGGCUGCGUGCCGGGAAGCCCCACCCCGCUCCGCCCUUAUAGCCACGGCCUCAAAGCGCGCGCGCCAUUGUGUGGCUGGGAUUCGGCCGCCGUUGUUCUUUCGUCUUCUGUUCGUGUUCUCUUGUUCUCCUUUUCUUUCCUUUUUCCCCCUUGUCUCUUUCCUUUUCUGUCUCUACCUUCCUACCACCUCGCCCCUGAGACCACCUCCUUUCCCCUCCCUCCCCCCGCCCACCAGCGGAAAUGCCGCGCGUCUACAUUGGGCGCCUUAGCUACCAUGUUCGCGAGAAAGACAUCCAGCGUUUUUUCAGUGGCUACGGACGCCUGCUGGAAGUCGACCUGAAAAACGGGUACGGCUUUGUGGAGUUCGAGGACUCCCGCGACGCCGACGAUGCCGUUUACGAGUUAAACGGCAAGGACUUGUGCGGCGAGCGAGUGAUUGUGGAGCACGCCCGGGGCCCCCGCCGGGAUCGCGACGGCUAUAGCUACGGCAGCCGCAGUGGUGGAGGAGGAGGAUACAGCAGUCGAAGAGCCACUGGCAGAGAUAAAUAUGGACCACCUGUUCGAACAGAGUACAGACUGAUUGUAGAAAAUCUUUCUAGUCGUUGCAGUUGGCAGGAUUUAAAGGAUUUCAUGAGACAAGCUGGAGAAGUAACAUAUGCAGAUGCUCACAAAGAACGCACAAAUGAAGGUGUAAUUGAAUUUCGUUCCUACUCUGACAUGAAGCGUGCUUUAGAUAAAUUGGAUGGCACAGAAAUAAAUGGCAGAAAUAUAAGGCUCAUUGAAGAUAAGCCACGGACAAGCCAUAGGAGAUCCUAUUCUGGAAGUAGAUCUAGAUCCCGGUCUAGGCGAAGGUCUCGAAGUAGGAGUCGAAGAAGCAGCCGGAGUAGAUCUCGUAGUGCCUCAAAAAGUCGCUCAAGAUCCAAAUCUAGGUCUCGAAGCAAAGAUCACUCACGGUCCCGAUCUAAAGGCAGGAAGUCUAGAUCAAAGAGCAAAUCUAAGGCCAAGUCCGAUCGAGGCUCUCGAUCUCGUAGCAGAUCCAAGGCAAAGUCGGAGAAGUCACACAGUAGGUCCAGGUCUCCAUCUCCCAAAGAAAAUGGAAAAGGAGAAACAAAGUCAAAAUCAAGAUCAAGAAGCCAGUCUCACUCCAAUUCACCACAACCUCCACCACCAUCAAAGGCUCGUUCUGAGUCUCCUCCAGUCAAAAGGGCUACAUCAGUAUCUCACUCUAGAUCUCGGUCACGGUCGAGAUCUAGUUCAAGAGAUUAAAAAGUCCUGAACUCCUUUGCACACUUAUGGAACACUUUCUUACUUGCCAGGCAAAUUAUUCUGUGAUGUUAGUACUUCCGAUGUUGGCCUCUUCUCAGGAGAAAACCUGAGCAUAGGGGCAUAAAGGUUUGAUUUGGAAGCAAAAUUAAUGGGGAAGAAAUGAGGCUCUAGAGAAAUGGUGACACAAAGCAAGCAAAGACCCCCUUUUCUAGAAAUUAAGCUCUUUGAUUUUAUAGUAUUUCAGCAGUAAUAACUUUUGUAGAGAUUAGGCUUACUUAUGAUUUUUAGCAUUUCAGCAGGAUCUGCUGUUGAAUGAAGUUUUCUUUUAAAGUAUUAAACUCUCAGAAAUGCUUUAAACUUUUAAAGCUUUGGAGAGGACUCAGUUGUGUUGGUUUUGUUUUUUUUAAUUAUGUUCAAGUUACAAAUAAUCCUGAGUUGUAUUAAAGGUUUGCUACCAAGAGAAUGAAAGCCACAGGUCAAUAUUAAAUGGCUUUUGAGCAGUUUUGUCUCCUUUUUUAAAAAAAAAAAAUAUGAACUUUGUUGUGUAUGGUUAAGUGUAAAAUUAGGCAAACCUCAAAUCAGCAAUAAAUUCAAUUUGGUAUACCAUUGUAUUUCCAUGUUAUUAAUUAAAACUUGCUAAAGUGAGUCUUCUCCCACCCCUUCCUUUUUUUUUCCCCCCACAGUAGAAACAGAAGGUCUUUGUAGGCUGUCUUGCAUAAUGCAGGAAAUAUGGAAAUGUUCUAACUUGAGGUUUGCUAGUGCCCCAGGUAAAUGACAUUCCAAAUAUUUUUGGAUAAUUGUCUUAAUUACCAACAUUUUCUGGUAGUGGUCAGUGUCAUUAACAUCUAAUAUUUAGUUGCAGGGCUUGCAACUUGAACAGGAGCAGCAGCAGCAGCAGCUAUUCCUUAGUCUUCCACUAUAUUCAGAAUGGGAUGUGUGAACAUUAGGGCAUCUUUUUUAGGUUAACAAUUACUUUCAUAAAACUGGAAUUAGAGAGUCCAAUUUGUUAAGUUGGAGGAUAGGGACUUCGACCUAAUAUUUCCCUUAAAAGACGAACUCCUAAACGAAACUUGUGUACUGAUAUAGGUGGGCAACUUAGUGUCAGACAAUUCCUUUGAACACUAAGGUUAAGUGAUCAUAUCUGGGAUUAAACAGCCAGGUCUUUCUGUCUAAAAAAGUUUGCUGUCUUUGCUUAGUGAUGCUGCAUCUAAUUUUAUUAAGUAAAAUCCCACCCAGUUAUCUCCUUUAAGUUAAGAGAAUUUAAUAAUGUGCGAUUAGAAUUUCCGUGUACAUUUUAUACAGUGUAGGGUUUUUUAAAUCAGUGGUAAUUCCAAACCUUUGCUUUCCUCAUAAACUUUUAAAUUUCAGUCCUAGUAACAUGAAACUUGAAUUCACAUUUAUGAUAACUACAUUUAGAUUAAUUUGGAGUGUGUACAUGUAUGAUCAAGAUCUUACAUGCCUGUUAGAACUUGACUUUCUGUGCAAAGACAAGAAAUUGAGAGAUGUCUGUCAGCUGAGUGAGGGGGAAUUAAUUUCAGGAUGCAUACAUUUAAGUUUUUAUUACCUUGACACUUAAAACUGAGGCCUUCCCUCAGCUCUGUUCACAAGUCAGCAAAAUAUUGAUCUCGGUGGCUUAGAAGGGUUGUUCAUAAAACAAAGGUCCACAGUAGUGCAAUCAGUGAAGACAAAUGUUAGGACUGAGGUUUCUAUUUUAAUUGAUUCACUUUUAAAAUGUAUGCGAAGUAAAAUGGGAUUAAUUAAAUGAGCAUAGUGGAAAGAUCUAACGUUCUAGCUCUCUAACUAGCAAGAUAUAAAAUAGGGGUAAUUAUUUUACUUCUAGCUGUUUCUUAAUAUUUAGAUCAGAAAAAAUCAAAAAUCAAGUCUCAGCCAAAAAAUCCUAGUAUCCAUUUUUUAUCAAAUUGGAAUAGUCUGUGAGGUUGAUGUUGAAAGAUAUGACAAAAAAUUGCCUCAUAUUUUGAAUCAGCAAAAUGAGUGGUGGACGGAGACUGAGAGGACUGGUCCACUUUGUCUAAAGGUAUAAACUGUCAAGGAGUUGGGCUUUUAAAACCUAACUUUUGGAGUCUAGUCUCCUUCACGAACUUUGCAUUCUGAACUGUCUUAGAGAUUGUAAUAGAGGUCAUUUAACUGGCUGCCAAGACAAGAUGAGGUGCAAAAAUACUGGUGUUUUGCCUUGUGAUAAAACUGGGUUUUCCUUGUAAGUUAUAGAGAAUGAGCUGCUUGUUUGGUUAAUAUUUUUAGAUGUUUGCUACAACAGAGGAUGUCCCUUUUCAUUUAUAGAAGAGCUAGCUAGGUACUGUAAGAUUAGAGAGUAGUAGCUAUCUACUAUUUUUACCCAUACUAGUGACCAGAAGUAAAUGAUUGAGUGUAUUAUCUCUCGGGCACUAAGCUAAAAUAAAAACCGUAAAAUAGCUCAC